CUAACUUUCCUGCGAGAAAAAUAUAGUGAAUUCUUUGAUCUCGUAUGCGAUCACCACCAUUAUCGUUAACCGGCAUGUUUACCGACUAUGAUUCUGUAGGUAUAGCUUCGGUUUCUGUUUCUACCUUUCUCCCUCACUUCCUUCCCAGCACUUACACAUAUAACCUCCAAUUCAUGGGCUUCGUGGAUGACAUCAUAGAUUAACACUGGCGGUGAUGUGAAAAAUUAUCAUCUAAUUGAAUUACGAAUCCUCAAGCAUUGAGGAUCAGUAGCGGAUCUAGCGGUGGGCGGAGUAGACGGCCGCCUAGGGCCCCGUCGUUUGGAGGGGCCCCGAAAGACGACAGAACAUUUCAUACGUAACGGAGCCCGAGCAGAAGCCCCACCCCCCCGCUCAUCUACUACCUGAUCGAACUCGAACACUAGAAGCCUCUUUAAAACCAUGAACGAACGUUUUCCAAGGAAUCAUAUGGAUAACCGGGGCUCCAAGAUUACGACAAUGCGAUUUUUUCUCUGUCACCCAGGUUCGGCGGUGAAGAGGUUGUGAAUUUGUUGACCCUCUCGCUGAAUCAUACAGAGCUAGGGGCCCCUUUAAACCAAGAACGAACGUUUUCCAAGGAAUGAUAUGGACAGCCGAGGCACCAGCACUAUCAAUGGGUUGUUCUUCCUUGAAAACCAUAUGCAGAGGUUGCGAGUCUGUUUUGGCUAUCCGCCACUGUUGAGGAUCAGUCCUUAGCAGAGGGUUUUCCAAUUUUGAAACUGUAGAUAAAACCUAGAUACACUGCUAAAAAGGAAAUCGACGACUUGAUCAACAGGAGUGCUGGAUAACCUUUUUUUACAGGAUCAUCGGAUAGAUCAAGUUGAUCUCAAUCUGUCAGAGAUCGCAUGUCGCAGUUGAUGGAUAAUUAGUUUAUUUUUGAUCCGAAUUUUGUAAAAAAAAUACUUCUCCUUCUUUCCUGGUUUAACGUCCUCUAAGGUCACGUUCGCCACCUCUGGCUUAUUAGACUUAUUUUUAAAGCGUAGCCGGUUAAUCAAUCCUUGCUACGGGAGGACAUGGUCCGGAUUAGAUUUGAUGCAAGGUCCUGUCGUGUGGAACUGACACCAUUUAAAACAUAUACUACCGGGCCUAGCCCUUAUGAAAGCCAUCGAAUUGAUAACCUGUUCGUAUACAUCUUCCUAACUUUACGGGACAUAAUGCAAUAAGGCAAUAAGUCUGUGGGGGCGAUCCUUGCUAGCUGUGGAAAAUCGACGCACUGUGUGUAGAUCCUCCGACCCGUUCCUGAUGAUGUGCCGUAAUUUUACCGAUAUCUGCGAUGCGUUCGAGCCAGGCAUGACAAAUGCGGCAUGCGUCGAAAGCAUUGACCUCGCUAGCUCGAAUUCUUAAGGUAUAUGUUAAAAAACCCGUCAUGUAUGUUCUAAACGCUAUCGAGUGGGCUAAUAGCUCCAUUGACGAAUAAACAAUUAUUACUAUUAUUAUAAAAAUGUAUUUGAAAAAUCUAUACACAAAAAUAUGUACAUCACUGUAAACACGUGUCCUUAGCCGGUUUUGAUGACUACAUCGUUGUAAACGUUCGUCAUCAGUAUGUACAGAGCGGCCCACGAGGUGAAAGCAAACCUCACUUAGUCGUUCGGUGCUAUUGAAGGUGGUUCGCAUUUAUUGUAUGGAAUCAUUUCACUAACUAGUCGUACAUGGGACAAAGUGUCAUGAAGAGCUUGUAAUUAACUGCAUAAUUAAAAAAGAAAUGCGAUUAAAUCACGUUGCUUAAAGUGACCACGGAUAUAGGAAACCCCGAAAAAGAAAGAAAAGUUAGCUUCAUAUGUUGAAAUAACACUAAACAAACUUGUAUUCUAGAUUUAGUGUAUAUAAACCAGGAAAAGAUUAUGGUGUUACAGUGCAUUAAAAAAAAUAGAAACAAUUUGGGUGUACAAACUAAAGUGUGAAAGUAUCUCUUAACAUCUCGUUCUGUUCGUUAUAAUAGAUGCAAGUAUUUGUUUGGCAAAUCAUAUGAACUGCAUACGGCAGCAUACGUUCCACCAUCAAUCGUAAGGAGAAACAUCCAGCAGUCCUACCUGUGAAGGAAAAUCACAUACAUUAUUUAUUCACGAUCGAACAAAAUCGAUAACGUUGCUGCUCAGGACCUCCUUUCUCCUGGGCCGCCUGUUUAGCCUGUAACGAACAACGUUGAUGAUGUGUGUUAUCAUCAUGAAAACAUGGUUUCGUUCACGAAGGCACGCACGAAAGAGUGGAACACAACAAAACAAAAUUUAGCCCCACACAGUGAAAAGACGCGUGGCUAUCGUGUGUUGACAACUCUACCCCCCAUCGGUUCGGGCGAUUAGUAUACGUUCUGGUUGCUUGUGGUAGUGUAGAUGGAACCGAAUGGAACCGGUGACCCUCAGCAUCAGGAUACCAAUCGUCGAUCGUUGGCCGUAACUUUCACGCUGUGUUUCAUCGGUGACGAAAGCACGUGUCGUCGGAUUGCGGUGAGCGAACGCGGUUAGCCGAUAUACUGCCAUAUUGAUUCGAAAUCGGCGGCUGGAACGGUUCCGGAGAAAGUUGUUGGAGAACGAGGGAGAUCCAUUACGACAUCGAAUAAUGUUUCCGUGCCGACAUGCAACCCAACACAUUUAUGAUGCCACUUUGGUGGAAGGUAUCUUCAGUUGCAUGACGUUGGUCAAGCCAAGCGUACGCGAACGUUCUUGCCUAGAUUCAGUUAACAUUUAAUGUUUACAAGUGAAGCUCACUAAUCAAAUACAUACUAUCAGUUGUGCCAAAUGUAACGCGCAACAUGGAAAAUGUAGUGCAAACAGUGUAGCUCGCAUGGGGUUAAAAUUGUCAACUAAUCAAACCACGGGAAUGCUUUUUUAGAAACAUAUGUGGUGGUUGUGCAGUAAUCAUCAGCAAGUUAAGUAAUUUUUCUAUUGCCAUAAGUAGCUGAAAAAGUGAAGCAAAAAAUCAAACCGUACACAUUCCCACAAGCAGUAGAAAUCGCAGAUGACCGUUCACCGAUCGAUAGAUUGUAAAUGUUUUAUGCAGUAAAUGCAUUCGCUCCGCCCCGAUGCGUGAAUAACUAGGGCAAAUAGAUGUGAUUGGAGUAAAAAACACGACAUCCACGAAGGCAGGUGAACCAUUCCUGAAUGGUACGUGUGUAGUGCUGUGACCGUAAUAUCUAUCGUGUGUUUCGAUCGGCCGUUUAGUUGAACAAAAAAGUGCAGUUGGAAAUGUAAAGGGAAGAACCCAUUCAUCUAGUUCGGUUCUAGUAGGGAUGAACAAACAACGAUCGCAUAGCUGUCGAGAUUCACGCGCUUUGAUCUACCGCUCACGAAAAUUUGCGGGCGAAUGUAACGGAGUAUUGCACAUGUGGCAGCUAUCUAGUAAUUUCAGCGAUACAGUAGCUGUAGUAUCGAAUAGUGCAAAAGAACGAGCUCUAGACUGCAUCGAAACACAGAAACAUUGUGACACAAGAAACGAUUCGUCCUCAAUUGACGGUUACGCACCAAUCUCCAAUUCCACUCAAAGCCGAUCUCUUAAUUCAGCAUCUUCUCGUAUGGCUACCAACAGUUCUGCCGAUGGUUCCGAGAAUUUCAAUCAUUUUCCCGAUGCCGUUGACGUUGGUGGCCACUUUGAUGUGCUGUUGCCGAACUGUAUUGUGCAACAGGAGAAACUAUAUAAUGAAAAUACUAAAACGGAAAAGCAAACAGUAGGUUCUAGGACGAUACAUUCCAGCCCUGUUGGAAAACCACGCAGUCGCCGCUACAGCCAAGACUCAUGUGCUCCCAUUUACGAACGACUUUCCGUCGCUGGAUUCGUAAGAAACGGAACGGUUAACGAUAGUUGCCAAAAUUUUAAGCUGAUGACCCACCAACAUCAAAUACUAAUGCGACAUAGUACGGACAAUUUGAGAUCUAUUAAUAACCACCAGGGCACGCCAGCCGGAGGACUCUGUAGCAAACGCGAAACAGUCGAAAUGACUGCAAUUGGUUUUGGUACAGAAGUUGGCACCGAACUGACCAACCAUGGGAAGACAAAAUACAUCAUGCAUCGAAUGACAGCCCAAGAUCUGGGGAGUGGAAACGAGCCAUCUUCCUCGCAGGACAGUACAGCCUCACCGAGUUCUACAAUUCUUCCGAAGCCUGUAGAAAUUGUGGUAGAAAACGACUCAGCCCCCACAAAUGGCUACCCGGCAAUGAUCAAUGGUAGUACUUCGAACGCGAGCCCAAAGGAUACAAAUUUCAUAGAUAAACUACCUCCCCUGGAGGAUAUUAUGGAGAGUCCUAUGUUAAAGACACCAGUCGAAAAGUGGCUCGAGACCGAGGAUCGGCUGUCCAGCGAAGAAAUUGUUCCACCGUAUGGCACAGAAGAGCCUAGCCGUAGUCCCGACCUUUACAGCAAUCUCUUUGGUCCGAAGAUUAGUGCCAGUGAAAACAUUCCUGGUACCCCAAUGGAUACACCGGACAUCGUUUCAGAGUUCAACAAAAGUUUCAACUCUAGCACAACGAGCAUUAUCAAUGAACGCCGACGAUCGUCCUCUAAAUUGCUAGGCCUAGCAACUGCCGACCGUGAUCCUGCGUCAGUCGGUGGCAUAGGAACGGGAACGCACAGUUCCAUGAGUGAUCAUCCGAAAUGCGGAACUGCUCAAGGUGGCCAAAACUUCGGCGGUACAAGUGUAGAUAAAAAUAAUUCUCUUAGUAAGGGAAGCCUGCGAAAUCUGCUCAAACUACGCAAAGCUUCUGACCAGUCGCAAGACACGCGGCGUUCCAGUCAGCAGGAUAAAGAGGGAUUGGAUCCAGAGUCUCUUAUGUUUCGCGAUGGACGUCGAAAGAUUGAUAUGGUGCUAUGUUACGAGGAGGAUGAUCAAGGUGUAAUGACCGAGUUGGAUGCCUUGAAACGUCACCAACGUAAACUGUUUCAAGAAAAUCUCAUUCGCGAGGGUUUAGAAUUUGAGGUGGAGGACAAAGCACAAGCCUUCGAUGGUAAAACGUACUUUGUUAAAAUACACAUUCCCUGGCGGACGGAGUCACGCUAUGCGGAAGUUAUGAACUUGAAGCUGCCUGUGAAAAGAUUCAUUACGAUCAGUGUUAAGGAGGAGGAAACUGCACUACGUCGACAACAGAAUAAAAUUCUAAAUUACUGGAACCGACUAAUGUCGAUGACCGAGUACAACCAUGGACGUAUUGAGAAGGAACCCUCCUUCUAUUCGGCUACAGCAAAUGGAAAUCCGGAGGAACAAUUCAUCGUGAAGGACCGUUGCACUUCGUACACAAGCGCCCAGCGUAGCCUGAUCGUUAUGCAAAUUCUUAUGAGGACGCGGUUCGACGAAACGGAGAAGGUAAACAACGUGGGCAUUCGACGGCUACUGAACGAUGGCACUUAUCUGGCCUGUUUUCCUCUGCACGAGGGUCGCUACGACAAAGAUCAUUCGUCUGGAGCGCUGUUUGAUAGGCGGCUGCUCUAUCUGGAAUGGGCACGCCCCAUCAAAUGGUACAAGAAACAGCCGCUUUGUCUCGUGCGCAAAUAUUUUGGAGACAAAAUUGCACUGUACUUUUGCUGGCUCGGGUUCUACACCAAAAUGCUCUACGCACCGGCUAUAGUUGGAUUAUUUUGUUUCUUAUACGGACUCGCAUCGAUGGACUCUAGCGAUAACAUUCCGACUAAAGAAAUUUGCGACGAGAAUGGACCAGGAAAAACUAUAUUAUGUCCCCUGUGUGACCGAGCGUGCAGCUACCAACAGCUCCAUGAGUCUUGUUUCUUUGCCCAGCUCACGUAUCUGUUUGACAAUCCGUCCACCGUGUUCUUUGCGAUCUUUAUGUCCUUUUGGGCGACUACAUUUCUGGAGCUGUGGAAACGAAAGCAAUCGGUGUUGGUCUGGGAAUGGGAUUUGCAGAACAUUGAAAAUGAGGAAGAUAUGCGACCAGAGUUCGAAACAACGGUCAAAACAUUCCGUAUCAAUCCGGUAACCCGCGAGAAAGAACCCUACAUGCCAACGUGGACGCGAGCUGUACGCUUCAUCGCCACAUCUAGUGCCGUUUUAUUCAUGAUUUCUGUCGUCCUUGCUGCUGUUCUUGGAACCAUUAUCUAUAGAAUUUCACUCGUAUCAGUCAUCUACAGCGGGGGAGGAUCAUUCUUUCGAACGCAUGCCAAACUGUUCACUACUAUGACCGCGGCGCUAAUCAAUCUUAUCAUCAUCAUGCUCCUCACCCGGAUAUAUCACAAGUUAGCCCUUUAUCUAACAAACAUGGAAAAUCCGCGAACGCAGACAGAAUACGAAGAUUCGUAUACGGUGAAAAUAUUCGUGUUUGAAUUCAUGAACUUUUACAGCUCGCUAAUCUAUAUAGCGUUCUUUAAAGGACGCUUCUACGAUUAUCCCGGCGAUGAUGUAGCGAGAAAAAGCGAGUUCCUUCGGCUUAAGGGCGAUAUUUGUGAUCCGGCCGGAUGUCUUAGUGAAUUAUGCAUACAGUUGGCUAUCAUUAUGGUUGGCAAGCAGUGCUGGAACAACUUCAUGGAGUAUUUCUUUCCUGCCUUUUACAAUUGGUGGCGUCAGCGAAAACACAAACAGCUUACAAAGGACGAAACACAUUUGCAUAUGGCAUGGGAACAAGACUAUCAUCUGCAAGACCCUGGCAGGUUAGCCCUGUUUGAUGAAUAUUUGGAAAUGAUUGUUCAAUACGGAUUUGUAACGCUGUUUGUAGCUGCAUUUCCGUUGGCUCCUUUAUUUGCGCUGUUGAACAACAUUGCAGAAAUAAGACUGGACGCAUAUAAAAUGGUAACGCAAUCCAGACGUCCUCUGGCUGAACGUGUGGAGGAUAUCGGUGCAUGGUAUGGCAUACUGAAAAUCAUAACAUAUACCGCUGUUGUGUCAAACGCCUUCGUUAUCGCUUACACUAGUGACUUUAUUCCACGAAUGGUUUACAAGUAUGUUUAUUCACCACAAUUUUCAUUACAUGGAUACAUUGAGCACUCGCUUUCAACUUUCAAUACUUCUGAUUACAAAGAAGAAUGGGGUACCAAGACAGAAUCGGACCCGGAUACCUGUCAGUACCGGGGUUAUCGCAACGGUCCCGAAGCUGACGAGCAAUACGGGCUGAGUCCACACUAUUGGCACGUUUUUGCAGCACGUUUGGCGUUUGUCGUUAUAUUUGAACACAUUGUAUUCGUGUUGACCGGUAUCAUGCAGUUCAUCAUUCCGGAUAUACCGAUCGAAGUUAAGACGCAAAUGCAGCGUGAACAGCUUCUAGCGAAAGAAGCCAAAUAUCAACACGGGUUGAAGAAAUCGCGCGAAACCGACUAUGAGGAAAUUCUGCAUACCCUACGCGAGCAGAGCAACAACAGCAGGCAAGGAAUGCGUGGCAGCUGGGCACGUCGUCUAAGUAGACUCAGCGAUGGACUCGAUGCUCACGUAGAAGUUCCAAAUCGUCCAAGGCACUCGUUAGAAUCCACUGUUUGGGAGGUUACCUAGCAUUAGCUGUUGUAUGUCCGGAUGAAGCUCUCUGGCACAACGGACGAUGGCAUCACAUACUUCUGCGCUAUGCAAUAUAUUGAAAAAUAUAAGGGUCGUAGAACGAGUUCAACUUAUAAGAUUAUCUUCAAUAAUAUUUUAAGUUAAUGGAAAUCUUUCACACAACUUACUAACGCACAGCAUAAUAUCAUAAUUUUGCCACAACAAAAAAUGCUUGACUUCACAAUUAAGUUGGGAUUUUUAGUUUCAAUCAAAAGCAGUAUUUUCAUUACAUGUACAAACUUUAAGUGUUUGUCACGCUCGAUAUGAUUCUAAUAUAAUCAGGUGUUUUUCCCACACAGUCAAUUCGUACAAUAUAAGUCAAAAAAUAAA